UUAAAAUCAUACUUUCGUCUUAAUAGAUGAUCUUCAUAUUAUACAAUGAACAGAAUUACGUUAGUUUUCUUAUUGAUUUUCUUCUGUUCUGUAGUUUCCGAGCAACCACCAAAUAUAAUUAUUAUUGUAGCAGAUGAUCUGGGGUGGAAUGAUGUUCAAUUCCAUGGUUCGCAGCAAGUUCCCACACCAAAUUUGGAUGCACUUGGACGGGCCGGAGUCCACUUAAAUAAUUAUUACGUUUCUCCGAUAUGUACGCCUUCCAGAGGAGCUUUAAUGUCUGGGAGGCAUCCAAUUCAUUUAGGUCUGCAGCACAAUGUCAUAUACGCUGGUGAACCUUGGGGUCUGCCUCUAAAUAUUACUAUUCUUCCUCAGCAUUUAAAACGUUUGGGAUACGCUACUCAUGCCGUGGGAAAAUGGCAUUUGGGAUUUUAUAAAAAAGAAGCUACACCAACAAUGAGAGGUUUUGACAGUCAUUACGGAUACUGGAGUGCCCACGAAGAUUAUUAUGAUCAUACUGCACAGUCGUCUGUAGGAUGGGGUACAGAUUUUCAUAAUGGUCUAAAAACUAUUAGAAAUACUGCAGGAAAAUAUUUAACAGAUCUUCUUACGCAAAGAGCAGUAGAAAUAAUCUAUAAGCAUAAUUCAUCUCAGCCUCUCUUUUUGUAUGUAGCGCAUAUAGCAGUUCACAUAGCCAAUUCUUAUGAUUUAUUCCAAGCACCACCUAACUAUGUGAACAGAUUUCCUCAUAUUAAAGAUGUCAGAAGGAGGAUAUUUGCAGGUAUGAUAUCUGCGUUAGAUGAUAGCAUUGGCAAGAUAUUUACGGCUCUAAAUGAGACGUCUAUGUUAGAAAGUUCUGUAAUAGUUUUUACAACUGAUAAUGGCGGAGCGGCAGGAGGAGUUGAUCAUAGUGUUGGUUCUAAUUGGCCAUUAAGAGGAAGUAAAUAUACUUUGUGGGAAGGUGGAGUGAAAGCCAAUGCCAUAUUUUGGACUUCCAUUUUAAAUAAAUCCCAUUAUAAUUCUUAUAAUUAUUUGAUGCAUAUAAGUGACUGGUUGCCAACUUUAUAUUCUGCUGCUGGUGGUAAAGUAAGCGAUUUAGGUUCUAUAUAUGGGCAUAAUAUGUGGAAAAGUUUAUUACUUAAUUUACCUUCACCUCGUGAAGAAAUUCUCCACAACAUAGAUCCUUUUUGGAAGAAUGCCGCUUUAAGAAGGGGAGAUUAUAAGGUUGUAAUUGGAACAGUGUUUAAUGGAAAGUAUGAUGGAUGGUACCCUACAAUUGGAAAUGAGAAACGCGAUUCUACUUUCCCAAAUACAUCUCCGGUGGAAAAAAUUCUAAAAUCAAAAGGAUGGAAAUUAGAUAAAGAAAACAUUUAUAUCAUUACUUGCAAACAACCUCCUCCAAUAAAUAAAACACACGAAUGUAUCGAUAUACACUCUCCUUGUCUUUUCAAUAUUGCAGAUGAUCCUUGUGAAUACAACAAUUUAGCUAAAUCUAAUCCAAAGAUUUUAAAGGAUCUGAUUGAACGUGUCGCGGCAUGGAACAAGACAGCCGUACCACCCGGAAAAGUUCCACCGGACCCAGCGGCAAAUCCAGUUUUCCAUCAAUACGCUUGGGAACCUUGGCAAGAUUAGACUGUAAAUUUGUAGCAAAAUAUUAAAAAAGUUCAUUUGUCAUAA